AUGAGAGAGGACGAACUUCCCAUGACGUUCAGUAUUCACUCUGAAUCCCGAAAACCAACCGAAACACUUGAUUUAUUGAAGGAAUUUGGAAAGUAUCCAAUGCAAGACAGCUCGGCCAACCUUGUUGAAAGCCCCAUGCAGGCUGUAUCUCCUCAUAGGGCGACUCAAACUGAUGGAAAUUCAAUCUCCGGUGCUUACAACGCCGCGGAUGACACCAGACGGCUCAGUCAGCCUUGA